AUGAGCUCCUACGUAGCCAAUUCAUUCUAUAAGCAGAGCCCCAAUAUCCCUGCCUAUAACAUGCAAACUUGUGGGAACUAUGGAUCGGCCUCAGAGGUGCAGGCAUCCAGGUACUGCUACGGUGGAUUGGACUUAAGCAUCACUUUCCCACCGCCUGCGCCUUCCAACUCUCUCCACGGGGUAGACAUGGCUGCCAACCCCCGGGCUCACCCCGACCGCCCCGCCUGCAACGCCGCGGCCGCUCCGGGACACGCUCUGGGCAGAGACGAAGCGGCUCCUCUGAACCCCGGGAUGUACAGUCAGAAGGCGGCUCGCCCGGCGCUGGAGGAGCGAGCUAAGAGCAGUGGGGAGAUCAAAGAGGAGCAGGCGCAGACAGGGCAGCCCUCCGGACUGAGCCAGCCACCGGCCCCGCCACAGAUUUACCCGUGGAUGACCAAACUGCACAUGAGCCACGAGACGGAUGGCAAGCGGUCCCGAACCAGUUACACGCGCUACCAGACCCUGGAACUCGAGAAAGAAUUCCAUUUUAACCGCUACCUCACUCGCCGCAGGCGCAUAGAAAUCGCCAACAACUUAUGUCUCAACGAGAGACAGAUCAAGAUCUGGUUCCAGAACCGCAGGAUGAAGUGGAAGAAAGACUCCAAAAUGAAGAGCAAAGAGGCUCUUUAG